AUGAAUUAUGUGUUAAUCUUUCUUCUUCCGUUACUUUCAAACGUCUUGUGCAUCGAAAACGAUUGCAUAGACGGUAUUGACAACGUGAUUCAUGUUGAUUCCUAUGGCGAAAAGUUACAUGUCGAAGUUAGAAAUAUUGUCAUCUUGGUCUAUGAUAUCAACAUGAAUCCUUCUUGUAGUGAAGGAAAAGUCAAUGUAGUUCUUCCCGGCUACUUCCAUAUUAUUUCUGGAGAAGUUAUCAAUAACCAUGGCUAUGAUUUGUUCAAAUCAGGAAUUGUAAAAGCUUCUGUAGCAUUGAAUGACCGAGAUUUGUGCUUAGACGGUAGUAGCACGUAUGUAUUCAUUCCUAACAAGUUUUGUCGAUUCAAGAUAACUUCGUUCGUUCCAUCUGAUAUGUGUUUAUUAUUACAACAAAAGGGAAAUCACACUUUGGAGGAAGUUGAGGAAAAACUGAAUUUUAACUCGAAGUUAGAGUUACCACCUUCACCUUCAUUUCUGGGAGUCGAAUUGUUGUCAUUAUUAAAGGGUAACUAUAAAAUAAAAAUUACAAUAUUUUCGGAAGGUGAAAUGAUAGUGCAAUUCACCAUCCCGUCAAAUUAUACUUCGAUUCAGAUGGGUUUAUAA